AGGAUGGAAAGGCGCACUGGGGGGUCGUGUUGGGGUGAGCUGCCCCUUAUCCUUUAUCCUUGUCUCUGUCCUCAAAGCUGGGGGCUGGGAGCAGAGAGGGGCUGCUCUGUCCCCUCCCGCAGUGGGCGCUGUGUUUGGCCGUCCCCAUUGUAAAGCACCUCAUCCUCACACCCCAUCCCAGCGCCGCCUCCUUUCAGUUGGAGCCGUUUUCCCCUCCUCCUGUCCCAGCGCGGCCCGAGAUAGGAGUCCAUCCGUCCCCUUCUGUCUGUCUGCCCUUCCCUGGACGUGUGCUCAGCGCUGCACCCGCAGUGCAGCCCUCCAUCCCACAGCUGCGAUGGGUGCUGUGGGCACACGGGUGGGUGACAUCAGGAGCCCCAGCCGGCCGCAGCCUCCUUGUCCUCAUGAGACUGAAUUAAUGGGAGUCUAUGGGCCGGAUGGCUGCAACCCAGGGCUCUGGAGGAGGGGCUGAGGUGGUGGCAGUGGCAGCCUGGCCUGCACCAGGAGCAGGGCAGCGAUCGCCCCCUGCGCUCAGCUCUGUGAGGCCGCACCUCGAGUGCUGUGUCCAGUUUUGGGCCCACACUGCAGGAAGGACAUCGAGGCCCUGGAGCGAGUUGAAAGAAGGGCAGCAAAGCUGUGAGGGGUCUGGAGGCCAGGGCUGAUGAGGAGCGGCUGAGGGAGCUGGGGUUGUUCAGUGUGGAGAAGAGCAGCUAAGGGGAGACCUCACUGCACCCCACAGCUUCCUGAAGGGAGGGUGAGGUGAGGAGGGGUUUGGCCUCUUCUCCCAGGGGACAACCGGGACCCGAGGAAACGGCCGCAAGUUGUAGCAGAGGAGGUUUGGGUCAGAUGAGGAAAAGCUUUUUCUCUCGACAGCAGUCAGGCAUGGAACGGCUGCCCAGGGAGGUGGUGGAGUCGCCGUCCUGGCAGCGUUCAACAGGAGUGUGGAUGAGGAGCUGCGAGAUGUGGUUUAGUGCUGGUGGUGCAGUGGUGAUGGGAGGGCGGUUGCACAGGAUGAUCUUGCAGGUUCCAACCUUGCGAUUCUAUGGUUCUAUGGUUCUAUUAUUCUAUGACAGGGGGCCCAGGGCAGGACGGGUGGCCCUGGGAGGCUGUUGAGGGCCGCAGAAAGCACUGGGCACGAGUGGAGCACUGGGUGAGUGCUGGGCUCCCAGCUCAAGGCAGACUCUCCUGUGCCAGCGCUGCAGGGAAGCUGCUCUGGGGGCAGGUUGUACUGCGGGCAUCUCCAGAGCUCCCUUCCAGCCCCUGUGCUUUGUGACAAGCGGAUGUGUGAAGGGAGGCAGCCAGCAGUGCGAGUUUGGUGGCUUUCAGAGUCCAAGCACCACAGCCCUGCGAUGCCACCGGGAGUCGGAGUGCCAUCAGCCACGUCCCUGCCUUCGUCUCCAUUCCCUGCAAUGGAGCUGAGUCGGGUGCACCCGCAGGGAUGGGGCACCCACGGCCGCUCCGGGCAGCAGUGCCAGGGCCUCAGCUCCCCCUGGGAUGAACUUCCCUGACCUCGAAUCCCAAUCCCCCCCUUCACGUUAAAACCAUUCCCUUGGUCCCAUCGCCACCCGGACACUUAGAAAGUUCAUUUCCACCAUGUUUAUCAUCUCCACUGAGACAACGGAAGGCCACAGCGAGCAGCCACAGCAAGUGCUGGGGACGGGGCAGGCGCAGAGCCGUGCUGUGACAGUGUCACAGAGAGCUCUUGUGAGCUCAGGGAGAGGGGCUGAGCUCAGCGGUCACGGAACCCCCCGCUGCCACUCUCGAGCUCCCUUGGCAGAGAGAAUCCCUUCACGGACGCUGACGGUGCUUCCGACACCCGAUGCCGCUUUCUUUGGAUCGUUUGUGGCGCCACCGGCCUGCUGCAAUGCAGCCCACCUUUGGCAACGCAGCAGCGCUGGUGACACCGCAACCCCUCUACGUCCCCGCUGUCACCUCCGUGGUGCCUCAGGUCUGGCCUGGGGUGCCCCGUGUCCGGGGACAGGGAGCGCAGCUCCCACCCGGGGGGCCGCCUCCAUCUGUGCGUCAGCUCCCACCUUGGGGGCUGCACCCAGGGACGGCUCCCCCCGCGGCCCCUGCCCACCGCUGGGGACAUCCCCUGCAGGCAGGGACACCGCAGCCCCCGCAGCCGAUGGGGCUGUGGCCUGGGGCCGUGUUCCACGCGCAGCCCCCGCAGCCCGCAGGCGGCUGCCCGCUGCAGGACCCCCAUCGCCGCGUCCUUCCGCCGGCACCUCCAGCGCAGCAGCAGGGGCUCCCCGCGCCCUGCACCCUGCCCGCCAGCUGGCAGCAGGCGCCGGGGCCCUUUGCAGAUGCCGUGGUGCUCACGGAGGGCCAGGGGCACCCGGCGCCCACCCACGCGUGCCCCCAACCCACCGCGGCUCCGCUCGGCUGCAGCGGCGCGGCGCUGGACUCAGGUGCGGCGACAGCGAGCGCAGACGUGGCGGAGGACGUUGCUGAUCUGCUCCCGUGGAUCAGCGGUGAGUGUGGGGUCUGCAGAGGGGGCGGGUGGGCGUCCGCGCCGACGGGGGGUGGGAAAGCUGGCAGUGCCCCUGCAUCCCGCUCGACACCUCGGAGAUCGACGAUGUGCUGGCGUGGCUCAGCAACGAAGGGACCCCCAGCUCAGCCGUUCCAGGGGACAAGGAGGACAUCGACAGUCUGCUCACCUGGAUCGCUGAAGCGUCGAGUUGCCCGGAGGUCCCCCAGCCGCCACUGCCAGCCGUCCCCAGCAGCCUCAGCACCUCUCCUGCCAUCGGAGCGGCCCCCGACCUUCCCACGAGCGGCAGGCAGCUCAGCAGAGAGGCGCAGGCUGUCGCCGGGCCCCUCGGGGAGCCGUGCUCAGGGCAGCCGGCAUCCUCUGAGUCUCGGCUCCGCGAGCACCUGA